CUCUUGUUUACCAAACCAAAAUUUUCGUCUUUUGAGCGCAUUCACAUCUGGACUCUCUCUGGCACUCGAAACUCGAAGCUUCUCCAAUCUCAAGCCAUGGAGACUCUCCAAUCAAACCCUAACCCUCCUCCAAUCGAAGCCCUAGAUCCUCAACCCCCUACUUUCUCUAAUCUGUCUUCUGAAACCGUACCCUCCUACGAUCUCAAACCUCCUCCUCCUCCGGAAACCCUAGUCUCAGAUUAUAAGGACCCAUCUCCACCCCCUCCCUCUGAAACCCUAGCUUCCAAUGCUCAAAACCCCGGCCAAAUUCCCCAGACUGGUACUGAGAAUGGUAAUUCAAACGACGGCAGCAAGACGCUUGCUCUCAGGCCCGAUAUCCAAAAGCCGCUGCUGUCGGAGAAUGGAUUGACCAACACCCAUAGUGGCACCGACAGAGAUGGCUCCGGCGGGGAGGAGGAGACGACGAGCAGGCGUCGCCGCCGCAGCCGGUGGGACCCUCAGCCCGAGUCAGACAACCAGAGUGGUGGCGGCGAGUCGGGUAGCGGCCCGAGGAAGAGGAAGUCGCGGUGGGCGGAUGAGGAGCCGAAGCCGGUGAUUCAGCUACCAGAUUUCAUGGGAGGUAUUGAGUUUGAUCCAGAAAUUCAAGCUUUGAAUAGUAGGCUUCUUGAGAUUAGUCGAAUGCUGUCUUCGGGUUUGCCUUUGGAUGAUCGUCCCGAAGGUGCCCGGUCUCCUUCACCGGAACCUAUAUAUGAUAAUAUGGGAAUUAGGAUUAAUACUAGAGAGUUCCGUGCCCGUGAGAGGUUGAACAAAGAGAGACAGGAAAUUAUUGCUCAGAUUAUUAAGAGGAACCCUGCGUUUAAGCCUCCAGCUGAUUACAGGCCGCCUAAGCUUCAGAAGAAGCUUUACAUACCAAUGAAAGAAUAUCCGGGUUAUAAUUUUAUUGGUCUUAUCAUUGGCCCGAGGGGUAAUACCCAGAAGAGGAUGGAGAAAGAAACUGGUGCAAAAAUUGUCAUUAGGGGUAAAGGGUCGGUGAAAGAGGGUCGGCUGCAACAGAAGAGAGAUUUAAAACCUGACCCUUCUGAGAAUGAGGACUUGCAUGUUUUGGUUGAGGCGGAUACGCAAGACGCACUUGAUGCUGCGGCUGGGAUGGUGGAGAAGCUCUUGCAGCCUGUGGAUGAGGUGUUGAAUGAGCAUAAGAGGCAACAACUUAGGGAACUUGCGGCCUUGAAUGGGACAAUAAGGGAUGAGGAGUAUUGUAGGUUGUGUGGUGAACCGGGGCACCGUCAAUAUGCAUGUCCAUCACGGACUUCGACCUUUAAGAGUGAUGUUCUUUGUAAGAUAUGUGGUGAUGGUGGGCAUCCAACCAUUGAUUGUCCAGUGAAGGGUACAACUGGGAAGAAAAUGGACGAUGAGUAUCAGAACUUUUUGGCUGAGUUAGGUGGGACAGUUCCUGAAUCUGCAACUAAGCAGACCAGUACAUUGGCUCUUGCCCCAGGCAAUAGUUCAGUAAGCAAUCCUCCUUGGGUUAACAGUGCUGGGAGUGCUAGCAGUGCAUCAUCACAUCCAGGCUUGGGAUCAGUUGGAAUCAAGCCUACCAAGGAAUACGAUGACACAAAUUUGUACAUCGGAUACUUGCCACCCACUCUUGAUGAUGAUGGUUUGAUCCGAUUGUUUUCACCUUUUGGUGAUAUUGUGAUGGCCAAAGUUAUUAGGGACCGGAUUACUGGAUUGAGUAAAGGUUAUGGUUUUGUGAAGUAUGCAGACGUUCAAAUGGCUAAUAAUGCUAUUGCAAGCAUGAACGGUUUUCGCCUGGAUCAGCGAACCAUUGCUGUCAGAGUUGCUGGCAAGCCUCCACAGCCUGCUGUGCCUCCUGGACCUCCAGCAUCGACAAUGCCCACAUACCCUGUCUCUCUCCAGCCUGUUGGUGCCUAUCCAUCCCAGCAAUUUACCCCAGGUGGUCCUCUUGGGAAUGCACCACCUACUAGUUAUGCGGGUACUCCUGUUCCAUGGGGACCCCCGGUUCCUCCUCCUUAUGCUCCGUAUGCUCCUCCUCCUCCUCCUCCCGGUUCAACCAUGUAUCCUCCUCCCAUGCAGGGUGCUUACGGUGCACGAUAUCCUCCUCCCCCCGGAGCACCAUCUCAACCGGUGACCUCUAGUGAAUCACAACAGAAUUAUCCUCCUCCGGGAGUUCAAUCUGAAAACAGUACCUCUAUGCAAUCUGUACCAACUAAUAUUUACGGGGGCUCAGCAAUGCCACCAAAUGGCCAACAUUCUUAUCCUCCAUCUUCGUAUGGUUACUCAUCUUACUACAAUGCAGUUCCACCACCACCUCCUCCCCCUGCCCCUGUACCUGGUUCAACUGCAGACCAAUCACAGAGCAUUGGUAAUGUGCCAUGGGCCACAAAUCCUCCGGUUCCUCCUCCAGCUUCUUCUACAGAGAAGACAGCCUAUGGUGCAGAUGCAGAGUAUGAGAAGUUCAUGGCGGAAAUGAAAUGAUGCGGUCCCUCGGUAUUACUCCGAGUUGAUAGGACUGAUGUUUCUUGGAGCUCUUGUGAACCUGAUUUCUUACCUCUUGCCAUGACUUUGUUGAAGUUUGGGACUCACAUCUUUAACCUUGCUGUAAUGUUAUGACCUUUGCAGAGACUUGGGCUGGAACUUCGGUUGAUCGGUUUCAUGUUGGAAAAGUCAUUUUUAAACAAUAUGAUUCGUUUUAUUUGGGAGCUUAUGUUGCACGUAAUUUUUUUUAUUUUGCUGGUUUCUUACUAAUGUCUCUGUUUCCAAGUUCAGUCUGAACGCCCACUAUUUGGCACUGAUGGUUUAUGAUGUUAUGUUGAUUUUGUGGGUUGCAUAACUAGUUUGCUGUUUGCCCUAACUGUUUUGUCUCUCUAGUUUUUAUUGUAAUUCAAUUUUUACCUUGAGGACCCUAAGUUUUUCCAACCGCCAUGGUGCUGAAGCUGCUCCAAUGAUGCAGUUAUCAUUCCAUUUUAGAAGGUAAUCAUGCCUUACAACUUGACAUUCUCGGUAGGUGGAAGAUGUGCCGUCUUAUGUUUUUCUUAUAUUAACUGCAUUUCCAUAUGAUACAAUGGGAUUUGAUGUCCUUUUCCAGUUUUUCUUUCGCAGGUAAAAGAAACCAUUCCUAAUUGGUUAUAGCUUAUUUUUUAAUGUCCAGAAUUUUGGUGAUGUCUAUGGUUUGGCUUCAUUAAUUUUUACAAUUAUAUUGGCAUCUUAAAAAACCUAACUCCUGAUUAUAGCCUAUAUUGUGAAGCUUUGAGUGUUGCUAUGUUUUGUUGAGGUAGAAAGAGGUCCAUGUCGGUGUGUUCGAAAUAGUCCAUAUCGGUGUAUUCGAAAUGAUCCAUGUUGUUGCAAUUAGAAGAGAGGCUUAGGCUACAAUGGAUUUUUGUUGGUUUUGGGAUGAACAAUGGCUGAUGAAUAGUUUAUUGCAGUAAAUUUUUUCUGACAACAGUAUUUGAUAUCCUGCAACUAUGCUGACGAGGAUUGGGGCAAGGAGUUGGGUUGUAGCAUUUUGACAGACUAGUUGUUAGAUUUAAGUUUCUGAUUAUAACAGUGCCCUGGGGCUGGAGAUUUUAAGUAGAACAUUUUCCAAUUAAGGCUCUUGGACUCAUAUUAGCCUCUUUGCCAUGCAUCUAAGGUCCUUUUCUCUUUGUCCCAAUAGUUUUGUAAUCCAGUUGAGUGGGUGAUUUGUGAUUGAUUGGUUACUGUUUUCAAGGGUUGGACAACAAAAUAGCUGACUGGUUGGGAUGGUGGGUUUAAGUUCCUUUUGUUUGCAUUUUUGGUCAGCAGUUUAAAGCAUGAGUCAAAACUCAGUGCUUGGCUUUGGUUGCUAUUUUUUCUAAUCUGGUUUCCUCCCUGAUUUAAAUGAAGAGAGGAGUUACAUUUCAACUUUUCUCUUCUUUUUAUUUUUCUUUUACUUUGUUAUUCUUUUAUGUUUCUUUUUACUCUCUUCUUGUCACUUAAAUGGAAAUUUAUACUGUUCUACGUUCUCUUUGGCAAUUGCUGUCUAAAUGAAUCCAGCUUAGCAAUGGACUGGUUUUUUCAAAUCCUAUGAGAUGAUUGUUUUUGUGAGGUUUUCUUACACCAAUCAUAUGAUCAUCAUGGUCCUUCCACUAAUUAGCAACUAUGAAUACCUUUGCAUCUAUAUCGAUUAUUUUGACUUGUGAUUUGUGUAUGUGUACAGUAAGAGUGUGUUUGUAUAGGAAUUUACAUCUUAAUUGUGUCUUGAACAUUUGAACAAACUGACGGCCUACAGAAUUUUUGUUUUAAUCCCUGACAUGCGUGGCCUCCAUCAAUGGUGAAUUACUGACCCUGUCUGCAGAUGAGAGCAUUCACAUGACUCGGACUUAGUUAAUUUUUCAGGUUAAGUGAUGUAUCGAAGUUGAGUUGAUCAACCACUGAAUGUGAUGUUCACAAUGCUAAUGCAAAUGUGUAUAUAUAUACUAGGCAGUGAGCAUUUACUUUUACAGGGUAUUUCAUUAUCAAAUUUAUGCAAGGCGGAUGCUGUUUCUAGCUUUGCGGAUCCUCAUGGAUGAAGCCACUAGAUAAGAUACAUCACAAUUAUAGUGCACUUUCGAGUUAAAAUCACAGCCUAAAAUGGCCUUCUUAGAAUCAUGUUUCUCUUCUUGCCAGGCUCAGGGCUGUCAAUGGGCUGGCAAAUUGUGAAUCUUGUAGGCUGCUCUUGUACAAUCACAGCAAUAUUAACCAGUUUUCUAAAA